AUGCGACCGUUCCCAGGCGAUGGACCGCCGCCGCGACGGAACCCGCGCGGGGCUGAUAACGAGCCCCCGACAGCAUUCCAUCACCCCGCCUCCGGCCAGCAGCAGAUAACCUCGUAUUUCAUCGGCGGCGAGGACGCUGUCGAUGCCGCCCUGCAGCAGUCCCUGGCGAGCUUCACUACGAGCUUCACUACCGGUGGUCGUGAUCAUCGCAAGGCGGGGUCGGCCGACCCGGAGUCCGCCAACCCAGCCAAGCACACCGCACACAGUGACCGUGAAUCGAUCUCGACCUCGGAUCCUGCAGAUGCUGACGAUAUUUCCCUGAUGUCUGACAUUGCCCCGAGCAGGCUCAACCUGCCAGGCUCCACGAGUAACCUCUCGCAGCCGAUUACCCCCUUAAUGCUGGCCACACCAGGAUCGCCCUCGGCCAUCAGCGACGCGAUGAGUGCUUCGUUCUCCGAGGAGAUCGCAAGCCAGGCUCUCAGCAUGAGCCAGGAUUUGGAGCCAAUGGAAGCUUCGGAAAUGAUGGACAGCGGCAGUGCUCCCCAGCUUGUUAUGCCCUCUAUCAAGAUGCCUAGCCGGCGGCCAUUUACCGACGGAGGGAGGCGGAUAGGGAGGCUCAAGGUCCUCGUCGCUGGAGACUCUGGCGUUGGCAAGACGUCGCUCAUUAAAGCUCUUGUCCAAUCUUGCGAACACAUUGUCCAUGUCGACCCAAUAACGCCCCAGUCUACAGCAUUGGUCGGCCUGCAAUCGGGUGCCCGACGUGGGAAAUCCAAGGCCUCAAAGAAUAAUACCCGGACAACCGAGAUAUCAGAAAUAUUUGCGAGCACAAAACCGUAUCCAGAGUGGUGGUCGGAUCUGGACGAUUUUCAACUUCUUAAACGCCGAAAGAGUGUCGAUGAUACCAUCUUAGAUAGGAACAUUUGCUUUAUUGAUACCCCAGGUUAUAGUGACGGUUCUUCUAGCAUGGAGAACAUUACUCCCGUAAUUCGUUAUGUCGAAUCGCACUUCGAAAGAGUACGGUCAAACGAGUCGCCCGACGCUGAAAUAUUGAAUAUGCUCGGCGGCGAUGGAGGCAAGCUGAAAGCGGCCGACAUCAAGUACCUGCAACUGUUAGGAUCCCUAACGAACGUUAUACCACUUGUGGCCAAGGCAGACAACAUGACUCCUGAGAAAGUUGCGCAGAGCAAAGCUCAGAUCAGGAGCGAGCUGAUGGAGGCUGGAGUGCGACCAUUCUCAUUCUCAGUGUCUUCGUCGGGAAUUUUUAGUGAUAUCGAACCGAGAUAUCCGUAUGCUGUCUCAAGCACCCCAGGAUCAGACCACGACAUCAUGGACGCAAGUCUAUUGAUGAGCCCGGACUAUGUGCAGCCUCUAAUGUCAUCAGAGCUCGCAACUGUGGUGAACCAGGUGUUUUGCGAGUAUGGAGCAUCGUGGCUGAGGCAUGCUGCCGCCAAGAAGUUUAUCCAGUGGAAGAACUCGGGCGAUUCGUCUAGGCCAAGGGCGCUGUACAAACCGAUGGGCUUGCCAGCCAACUCGUCCAUGCCGUUGGUAGCUGCGGGGCCUUUGUCCUUGCCUGUGGGAGCAACGUCGCAGUACUCGCUCGCCCGGAUCGCCGACCACACGCAAAGAGAAGAGCGGCUGGCUCAGAUACGCCUUGCCAACUGGGCAUCCGAAUUGCAGAGAAGCCUGGCAAACGAGCGGGCCCAAUAUGACGCACUUGCGCGUGGAGAGAGGGCCAUCUGGCUGACUGAGAAGCUACACGAAUGUGUGCAGGACGGGGAGCUUGUCCCGUUCGCAGAGCGGGACCGCAGCGGUUCCCGGCCGAGCGAGAAGACGAGACGCAGACUUGGGCGCGGGCGCAGCUACAGCACUUCGACCACGCAGACUCAGGACCCGCUUGGGCUGCUUCGCGUGGCUGCGAGGGUGAAACUGAAUGGUUGGAUUGCACUCGAGGUUCUCGGGGGCGUGGGGAUCCUUGGUGGCGCGGCGAUGUGGUUCUCCGGGCAGGACUGGCCGGCCGUUGGAUGGGCUGUCGACCAGUGGUCUGCUUUCUGGGGUGCUGAAAAGUGA